AUGGAACGUUCGAGAAAAAUGGAAGUGCUGCCCAUCGUCCUAGCAGCAUGGUUUAUGAUCGCGACAAUUGCGAGUGAUGCGGUAACGGUGAAGCAUGGUGUAGGUUUCGGCAAAAACAACACUGUCACGCUGGUCAAUGGCACAUCCUCGUUCAUUAAUGGUACCACCAGUUCCUCAAACCGUACGAUUACGCCAUCAAGCUACAAUGCGACCCACCUCCGUCGACGCAAUCGGCAGACAAGCUAUUCCCCCAUAACAUCCUUGAACUAUGGACCUUUGACGACAUCGGUAAAUGGUCAAACGAUCGGGACAACGAUUGGUAGCCCUGCGGUCGGUGCCACAUCAGUCGGAAACAUCAUCUGUCCGGCUGGUAGCCAUCUGCAGAACAAUCAGUGUGUCCAGCGGGUGAUGUACUGUGGCCAAGGGUACAAUUUGGUUGGCAACAACUGCAUCGGUGCGUCAGUCUGCCCCGCAGGAUUUCUCCUCCAGAAUGGUCUCUGUGUACCGACCGGUUGUCAAACGGCAGCCUGUAACAUUCCCGCCGUUCCAGCGCCACCAAUAGUAGCAGCACCAGCGUCGCCAGUGCUACCAAACUGUACAUGUGAGUCCGGCUACAGUCUGGUCGGUGGCAAUCAGUGUUUUAAGCAGGAAUCGAAAUCCGCCGAAACGCGCCAGAUUGAUUCGAACCGCGUCGAACCACCGACCUGCCCGCCCGGCUACAAUCUCAACAACGAAGAAUGUCUGCUGCACAGUGAGGCCGAACCACGUUGCAGCGAGGGAACGCGCCACGAAAACUGGUGCGUCGUACCAGCCGACUGUCGGUAUCCGUUUACGCUCGAUGCGUACGGUCGGUGUGUCUCCAACUCGACCGUGGCAGCUCGUUGCCCCCAGGAGAGCCGGAUGGUCGGUGGACUCUGUCUCUACAGUGCACCGGAGUGUCCACCGGGUUACCGACUCGAUCAGGGUGUGUGCGUUCAGCGGGAUGUGGUCGCGUUGCGCUGCGAACAAGGUGGUCGACCAGCGAACGGGGUUUGUAUCGUUACGCAACCGAGAUGUCCCUCCGGGUACCAGCUCGUAGGUACGCAGUGUGUCCAGGAGCUGCGUACCCGGCCACGCUGUCCAGCGGGAUCGCACCAACGGGACGAUGUGUGCGUCGUGAAGGAUCUCGAAUGUCAGCCGGGUUAUCAGCGGCGCAAUGGAGUGUGCGUACGUACGGAGCGGCAACCGGCUACGUGUCCGUCCGGAUCGCGCCUCGAUGGUGAUGUGUGUGUCGCGAACCAGGAAGUGUGCCCGCGGGAUUACAACUUCGCUUACAUGCAGUGCGUUCGGUACGUGCAGCGUGAAGCGAACUGUCCUCGUGGGUUUAGCCUCGUGAGUGGUGAGUGUGUCGCACGGGAUGGCGCUUCCUGUGAUGCCGGAUUUACGAUGCGCGAUGAGGAGUGUGUACGUGAGAUCGAAGGACGAUACUCGUGCCCGGCCGGUAGUAGCCUGAUCGAUGGCCAUUGUGUCGUAUCGGAGGCCAAGUGUGACGGUGGGGGCUUCGAGCUGCGCGAUGGUGUCUGUGUACAGGAGCAGAUCGAACAACCGAGAUGUCCCUUCGGUUCCCAGUACCGGGGCGGGCAGUGUGUGUAUCAGGUAGCGAGUUGUCCACCGGGAUCCUCCCAGAACGAUGAAGGUUGCACUUGGGCCGAAAAGGAACCACCAACCUGUGCUGUUCCGUUCCAGUACCGUUAUGGGUACUGUUUGGCCAAACCGAACUGUGAUCCGGGCUUUAGCUAUAAUCAAACGGAAGGCGUUUGUACGAGAGUGACCACAUCGGCCGUUUCCUGUCCGAGCGGUACUUACCAGGAGAGCGAUCGGUGUGUUUCGCGCGAUGGUUUGAUCUGCAUGGAGGGCUACACGCUCCGUGGUGACCAAUGUGUGAUGCGGCUUAUCUCGUCACCGGUGUGUCCACCAGGGGCCACGCUAUACAACGAUCGCUGUCUGUCCCGUACCGCAGCACAAUGCCGGCCAGGUGGUGUGGCCAUGAAUGGUAUGUGUGAGGUACAGGAGACUGCGUACCCGGUGUGUCCUCAUGGAUACAGCUACUCCAAUGGUCAGUGUAUCGGUAUGGCACCGAUUGCAGCACCGGUCUCUCCGUGUCUUUCCGGUGGUUAUGGAGGAUUGUGCAACAGUCCGUGCAUGGGAACGUCACUCUGCGCUGCACCUUGUAUGUCCGGAUGCGCUGCUGCCCAAACGGCAGCUGCGGUCGCUCCAGCAACGGCAUCAACGGUUCAGGUGGCGGCUCACUGUCCGGCUGGAUAUAGUAUGGCAUCGGGUCUCUGCACGCGCCGCUACCUCAUCCCUCUUCAAUGUCAUUAUGGGUUCGUCCUGGAAGGAAGCGACUGUGUUCGGUACCAUGGAAUGGUGUGCAGCCCAGAGAGCACCCUGGAGGGUGGCAAAUGUGUACGCUUUCAGGCACGCCCCGCUGCCUGUCGGUCCGGUUUUCUGUACCAGAAUGGCCGCUGUGUCUACCAAGCACCGACCUGUCCGGCUGGAUAUCGCAAUGUGGCCGGAAGCUGCAUCACGAUCCAGGAACGACCAGCCCAGUGCCCUCCGGGAAGCACCAAACAGAGAGGGUUCUGUGUUGGGGUCGUUUCCUGCCCGACCGGUUACCUGCUGAAGGGGGAUCUGUGCCACCGGGAGAAACACACACCGAUCGCGUGUCCAUCCGGGUUCGUGUACGUCAAGCAGCAGUGCGUCAGCCAGGCACGGUGUCGCGAUGGUUUCCGGUUCGAGCAGAACCAGUGCGUGAUGACGACGCAACGCCCGGUUAGUUGUGCUUCGCCGGCUCGCCAGGUCCAGAACUGGUGUGUGCUCGGUGGCCAAAGCUGCGAAGCGGGGUACGAGCUGCGUGAUGAGCAACGGUGCGUCCGGACCGAGUACCGGCCCAUCGUUUGCCCGGCCAGUAGCCGUCUACGGGGUGGUGUGUGCGUCUCGAGCCAAUCACCGACGUGCGAUACGGGUUUCAGUUUGUCCGGGGAUCAGUGCAUUAUGCUGGAUAAGCUGCCAACCCAGUGUCCACCGGACUUUAUCAUCAGCGGUCAGCAGUGCGUCUCGCGGCGUAUCAUUUGUGCACCGGGAUUUGAGCAGCGUGGAACCGAGUGUGUUCGGGAGCAUCGAAUUCAGCUCGAUUGUCCACCGAAUACGAAUCAGCGCAAUGGUUACUGUGUCACCGGUACACCGCAGUGUGAGGUGGGCUACAAGAUGGUGGGCAUGGAGUGCAUCCAGGAGAGCUAUCGGUCGAUCGAGUGUCCGGGCGAUACGAUCCUCUCAGGUGGGCAGUGCGCACGGAGUGCCACCUGUCCGCAAGAGUAUCGUAACGAUGGGAACGAGUGCGUGAAGCAGCGUUCGAUGCAGUUGGCCUGCCAGCGUGGCAAUCUGGUCGGUGGUCAGUGCGUUGCCGGUGGUCCAAACUGUCCCGCGGAGUACGAGUUGAGGCGGAGUACCUGCGUACGGAGGGAAACUACCGAACCAAGCUGUCCACCACAGGCCACCCUACAGGGCCAUCAGUGUGUGGUUGGACAUCCGGAGUGUUACGAAGAUUUCCGCUACUCGAACGGGCGCUGCACGAAGGUAUCGCGGCUACAAGCUCGAUGCCAGGGUACGGCCGAACUGAAGGAUGGUCUUUGCAUGUCGGUCAUCAAAUCGACCACGCUGUACUGCUCGUCCGGUUACACGCUGCAGGGUGGCAUGUGUAUGCGCACCCUCUACACCCAGGCCAGCUGCUUCACGCCAUACAGUGCUCCUCCAGUGGUGGAUGUACCAGCGGUCCAGUAUCAAGGUCGCACGACGGUGACUACGGUCGGCAGCGGUGUAGAAGUUACGUACCCGGCAACUAUUGUCGGUGGAACCGUGCUAAGAUCCGAUUAUACGGCAGCAGCUACCGUCACCUUGCCCAGCACGCCAGUUGAGACUCAAACUGAGGACGAGUUUGCGGCAUUCUUCGCAGAAGCGGUUCCAUUCGAUAGUCCCUCGGAGGCAUACUAUGCACCGUAUUACGGAUCAGAACCUACCAGUCGAAGCAUUAUUGCAGCUACUACCGCCUCUACUACCAGCAGCAGCACCACCACCACCACCACCACUGCGGUACCACAUGUCGCCACGGUGCAAGAGACGCAGAACCUUCGAUUGAAGCGCUGCACCGUCUAUGGGCCGAGAGUCUGUGAGGAUGCGGAGGAGUCAGAGAACUGGGUAUGUGAGCAGCGCGAGUUCUCGAGCGUUGCCUCCACAUUCUGCAGCUCGGAAGAUGACAUCGUUCGGUUGAAAGUGGACGAGCAUGUGAUCUACAACAGCAGCAUCAUCAUUAUGGCAGCACGGCCCGAGGACUAUCCAGUCGAUGAGGAAGAGGAAACGGAUGACUACAAUGGAACGGACUACAAUGACAACAAUGAGGAUGCUUCGUACAACUGUAGCGACUGUUCGGAUGGUACCUUCAAGUGUUCAAAGCAAUGCUUCACGUACGAUGAAUGCGAUGCCUGUGACUACACAUCCUUCACCGAGUUCUGCGAGGGUUCGGGCGUGGACGAGACGGAACUUCAGCAGCUCUGCAACUAUUUACCGUAGCCGGUUCACGAGCGAAACCGACCGUCGAAAAAGUGAAUCAAUCGCUUUACGCUGCGUCCACACCGCACAGAGUCUGGGCGCAGAAUCUGCCGGUUUUUUUCUGUGUCUAGCGCAAAGUGUCUAUAGGUUUCCUAUAGUGCGGUGUGGACACAGCGUCAAACUAACACGCAUCAUCCGAUACAUUAUGUUUAUGUUUAUUUUUUUUAACAACGAGCUAACCACAUUUUUGUAAAACAUCUCUCUCUCUCUCUCUCUCUCUCUCUCUCUCUCUCUCUCUCUCUUUCUCCCUAAUGCUGCACCUAAACGCUUGUCCUGUGCGUCCUGCCUGAACACAAAGUUGGAUAUGACGAAGGGGGGGGGGGGGGGGGAGAGGCGG